AUGAAAAAGAUUUACAAUGAUUUAUUAACGGUUGUUUCCAAUAAGAACGAUAAAGAUAGUAUAAAGGAGUUAUUUAGCAAUAUAAGAAAAAAUAACAGUAAAAUUAUAAACGGACAGAGAGUUUAUGAAUUAGAAGAGUCAGAUUGUAAAAUUCCAAUGUUAACAACACAAGAGUUUAAAGAAACAAAGUGGCAGAAAUUUGCAAAAGAAAAAGGCAUUAAGAAAAGAGUGAAAGGACAAAAAAUUUACUGUGAAGAGACAAAAAAGUGGGAAAUGCGAUAUGGAGGAGCGAGUAUAAAAAAUAUGAAGAAAAAAAGUGGAUUGUAUGAAAAAGAAGAAUUUAAAUAA